UAAUGGGGAAUUUCACCUUUUCCAUUGCUCUUUCAAUAUUGUUAUUACAUAGCUUUGCUCUCUCCUUUAAUUCUAUCACCACAGAUAAGCAUGCACUUAUUUCCUUCAAAAACUCCAUCACUUCCGACCCUAAUGCUAUCUUGAACACCAAUUGGUCUCAAAAUUCAUCCGUUUGUAAUUGGAUUGGCGUGUCGUGCGGCCUCAAACACGGCCGCGUCACUGCCCUCAAUCUCUCUGGCUACGGCCUUGCUGGAACUGUUGCUCCACAUCUCGGAAACCUUACGUUUCUCAGAUAUUUGGACUUCAGUUUCAACAGUUUCAGUGGGAUGCUACCCUUUGAGCUAUCGAAACUGCGUCGUUUGAAGGUGAUGAACGUGGGAGUGAAUUCAUUCACAGGAGAAAUACCAACAUGGUUGGGAAGUUUCCCUCAACUAGAGGAAAUCUAUCUGAACAACAAUACCUUCUUAGGUACAAUUCCUACACCUUUGUUUAACAAUUCCAUGUUACAAAUAGCAAACCUUAACAAUAAUGUGUUGAGUGGGCCUAUACCACAUGGUAUUUUCAAUGUUGAAGAAAUUAGAAUUGGAAAUAAUAGGCUAUCAAGUUGGCUCCCAAGUGAUAUGUGCAACAAUAUGUCCAACGUUAAAUUACUAGAACUCGAUAAUAACGAACUUGAAGGGCAUAUUCCAUCCAAUAUAUGGAAAUGCAAACAUCUCGAGAUCUUGAGCUUAGCGUUCAACGCGUUUAGUGGCAACAUCCCUCGUGCAAUUGGAAAUACGAGCAUGCUUUUGGUGUUGUCCUUGGCGUACAAUAAUUUCACAGGGAAUAUUCCAGCAAAUAUAUGGAAAUGCGAACAUCUUGAAUAUAUGGCCUUAAACCACAAUAAUCUCGGAGGCAACAUCCCUCGUGCAAUUGGAAAUAUGAGUGUGCUUAAAGAGUUGUACUUGGCGUACAAUCAUUUCACGGGUGAAUUACCACAAGAGAUUGGCGCUUUUCCAAUACUCAAGGAGUUUGCUGUCUUCGACAAUCUCUUAUAUGGAUCCAUCCCAUCUUCCAUAUACAACAUAUCAACAUUGAAGGCAUUAGCAAUUUCAGUGAAUGAGUUUUCUGGUACACUUCCUUCAAACUUUGGGAAUUCACUUGGCAUUCUUGAAGUGUUUCUGUUGGCCAUGAACAGAUUCAGUGGCCCAAUUCCAACCUCCAUCACCAAUGCUUCCAAACUUAUCCUCGUGGACAUGCAUGGAAACUCAUUUAGUGGCUCCAUACCCUACUUUGGUAGUUUGAAGCUCCUUCAAACACUUCUCCUAUGGGAAAAUAACUUGAGUGCAGCAGAAUUCCCAUCUCAAGAAUUGACAUUUCUCUCUUCAUUAACUAAUUGUCCAAAUUUGCAGCGAUUGGAUGUAUCAUUCAAUCCACUUAAUGGCAUCCUACCUGCUUCAUUUGGAAAUUUUUCCUCAUCUCUUAGGAGAAUUGACUUGGAAAAUUGUAACAUCAUGGGUGUCAUUCCAUCUAAAAUAGCAAACUUUAGCAGUUUGCUAUUACUAAAUUUGGCCAUAAAUCAGCUGAGUGGCCCAAUUCCACCAACAAUUGGGGAAUUAAAGCAACUCCAACAACUUGCUCUUACAAGCAAUCAAUUGGUAGGGUCUAUACCUAAUGAUCUUUGCCAAUUGAAUCAUUUGGGGGAAUUGUUCCUUAGUGUAAACAUGCUUGUAGGUCCAAUACCAGAAUGUUUGGGUGAUGUUAAAUCCUUGAGAGUGAUCAGCUUUUUUUACAACCAAUUUAAUUCAUCUAUCCCACCCAAAUUCUGGGCUCUCACAGACCUUAUAAUUUUGAGCUUGUCCUCCAAUCAUUUGAGUGGUAAUUUGUCAUCUGAGCUAGGAAAUUUGAAGUCACUCACCGAUUUGGAUUUGUCGUCUAAUCAAUUUUCGGGCGAUAUUCCCACUUUGAUUGAUGGUUGCCAAACAUUAGAUUUUCUUAACUUAUCACAUAAUCUGCUUAGUGGCUUCAUUCCUCAGUCAGUGGGAAAGGUUAAAGGAUUGAGAACAUUGGAUUUAUCUUACAAUAAUCUCUCCGGGUCAAUACCCAAGUCCUUAGAAGACCUUCACUUUCUUGGAAAUUUUAAUGUUUCCAACAACAAGCUCGAGGGGAAAAUUCCGGAUGGGGGUAAUUUUCCUAACUUUAGUGCUCAGUCUUUUUCUCACAACUUAGCUCUUUGUGGUCCAAUAACAUUCCAAGUUCCACCGUGCCUAGAAAAACGUCAUAGAUCAUGGUUAAAGAAAGCCAUGGUGACACUGGGGGUUUUAUCUGUCAUUGUGGUGAUUGCAACGCUUGUUCUCGUGAGGAUGUGUAAGAAGAAAAAAGCGACACUUUCCGUUGACAUUUCACCACUUACUGCUGAAUACAGAAGAGUUUCUUACCUAGAACUUGAACGAGGGACGGGUUCGUUUAGUGAACCAACCUACUUGGAAGAGGUAGUUUUGGUUGUGUAUUCGAAGCAAUACUUUCCGAUGGGUUGAAAGUUGCGGUAAAAGUGUUCAACUUGGAUCUACAAGGAGCAGCAAAGAGCUUUGAUGCUGAAACUACUAUAUUGAGCAGCAUUCGGCAUAGAAACUUAGUUCAAGUUAUUGGAUGUUGUUGUAAUAUGGAGUUUAAAGC